AUGAAGGAGCAAAACGAUUAAAAACAUUCGGGUCUUGUCUCAAGACAGGCACGUCGUUUCACUCACCACCGCGUUUUAGGACGCGCAAAGGGGAGGAACUUCCAAUCGAGAUGGACAAAGAUUUGGAGUGCUAUGGCAUCGCUGGCUUACAGAUGCGGGGUAUGGGCUUUUGGAAGUAUGUUGUCUAAUUGUGACUUCAGCAAACAAUGAGGCCAGCGUAAACCCCAACCUGAAAGUAUCUGGUUAUGAGAACUUGCAAAACAAAAGUCCCUUGGAAGGAGGUAAGAUGCUCAAGGAACAGUGUGGCAUGUGGGGUGGAUGGACAGUCCUCCUGUUGUGGUCCUUAAACCUUUCAGGAGCUGACUUCACCUGUCCGCUGAAAUGCGUUUGUUACCAAGACACGCUGGAAGCCAAUUGCUCCUCAAAACACCUGACAGGUGUUCCCGAUGGCCUGCCUAAUAACGUCAAACGUCUAGACCUUUCUGGAAACCAACUGAAAACGAUUGCCAGGCGGCAGUUCUCCGGCUUGUCAAAGUUGGAGGACCUGAACCUGGGUGAGAACAUAAUAUCUAUGAUUGAGGUGGAAGCGUUUCAGGGACUAAAGAAUCUAAGAUACUUGAGAAUUAAGAACAACCGUCUCAAGAUCCUCCCAGUCGGGGUUUUCUCUGGCCUCACCAACCUUCGCCGUCUAGAUAUUAGUGAGAAUGAGAUCCUAGUGUUUUUGGAUUUCACCUUCAGAGAAAUGGUUAACUUACAACAGCUUGAUGCUGGUGAGAACGACCUGGUGUUCAUCUCACAACGGGCGUUUGUUGGGUUGCAGGCCCUGAAGGAGCUUAACGUGGACCGUAGCAAUCUGACCUCUAUCCCCACAGAGGCUCUCUCCCAACUGCAGUGCCUGACUAAACUGCGACUUCGCAAACUGACCAUCGGCGUCCUACCUAAUAACGCAUUUCGUGGGCUGAACCAGCUUCGUACCCUGCUGAUCCUUCACUGGCCUUCUCUUGAGACGCUCAACAGUAACAGCCUGGUGGGCCUGAACCUUACAACUUUAACUUUGACCAACUGCAAUCUCAGCGCUGUACCCUAUGCUUCCCUUCGCCAUCUGGUCUAUUUGCAAUACCUGGACCUGUCCUACAACCCCAUCAGCUCAAUACAGGGUAACCUGCUGGGGGAGCUUGUCCGACUGCAAGAGUUGCACCUGGUAGGUGGUAACCUUCUACGCAUCGAAACAGGUGCCUUCAGAGGUCUGGUCCAGUUUCGCCUGCUCAAUGUGUCUUCUAACCGACUGUCUACCCUGGAAGAAGGCGUCUUCCACUCUGUGGGCAUCUUGCAAACAUUACGGCUUGACCGAAACCCAUUGGCUUGUGACUGUAGGCUACUCUGGGUGGUGCGCCGUAGGCGGCGGCUGGACUUCGAUGGUCGCCAACCCACCUGUUCGGUUCCUAAUCAGGUGUACAGGAAGGCAUUCAGAGACUUUUCAGAAGCUGAACUCCCGGUUAUAUUUGUGUGCAGACAGGCACAGAUUUUGAACCGACAGCUGCAGGAUGCAAGCGUGGUGGAAGGCACGAACGUACAGUUUAACUGCAAAGCAGAUGGCUAUCCAUCCCCUUCGGUAACCUGGCUGUCAGCCCAGCAGACUUCGCUUAGCUCUGUCGGGAGAAUACGAGCACUCGCUAAUGGGAGCCUUGAGGUGCGUUACGCUCAAGUGCAAGACAGCGGAACGUAUCUGUGUACCGCAGCUAAUGCAGCCGGUAACGACAGCAUCACCGUGAGCCUUCAAGUGGAAGGUCUUCCGCAAAACCGCACAGCAUCGUAUUUCUCAGACAUGGGAUGGACGGAAACUUCAUUACCUCCCUCCACCAACUCCUCCGCACGAGCAUCAAGCCCUUAUCCCUUCGAUGCGAAAACCCUUAUCAUCGCCACCACCAUGGGCUUUCUGUCUUUUCUCAGCUCCGUGGCAAUUUGUUUCGUGUUUAUGUUCUUCUGGAGUCAGAGCAAAGGUCAAAUCAAACACACUGCCACUAUAGACUUUGUGCCACGGUCGUCCAUGGGUGGAGGUGGAGAUGGUGGAGAUACAGGAAGGUUUACAAUGAAGCUUAUUUGACCUGCAAACAGCAGAAACAAUUAAGGAGUCGAUACUGGAGGCUAGAACGUGUAACUCUCAAACUAGGGCAAGGGCUCAUUAAUGUCACUUUGCCAACAGAGCUUAUAAGAAAAGUGCAAUGCCUUAUGAUACCACAUUUUACAAGUUUUAUAGAUGUGUUAAGACAUAGAUAUGGUAUUUCUCUUUAUUUAAGAUGUCCAGCCAAGUAGCUAUUAUAUCAAAGCAGACGUAAGCAGGUAGUAUUGAGCAACGCCACAGCACAGAGUCCAAAACACAACAGCAGCCCUUCAAAGAGAAGAGCAAUAGUUAACAGAUGUUGAGUGCUUGUAUUCAAGCGUGGUUACUUAAAACCUGUAUAUUAGAUAUCUUAUUAGUUUCUUUAAAAACACCAGUAGUCUUUUAUUUUAUUUGUUUGAAAUAUUGACAAAUGUAAAUAAAGUGUAUGAAGCAUAGUUAUUUGAAUCAAAUUUGGCCAUUAAAUAACUACUGGAUGUUACUGUUGUGUGCCCUCUGCUUUUGUCAUUGCUUAUGUUUUAGGCUCACGGCUCUUAGUAUAAUGAAUAAAAUCACUUUCUUUAUGAGGGUUCUGGCACAGUUAGCCUUUUGAGAUGCUGUAUUUCAUUUCUCUGCCAAAUUUAACCAGCAUGAUGCAGCUGAUUGCAGUGUCAAUGCAGCUAUAGCUAUUGUUGCAUUGCUGUACAAAUCAAUGCGCAAACCACAGUUAAAACACAAUAUAAAAGAUUAAAUGUAUGUUAGCUAAAACAUGAACACAGCUUUUACUGAAAACAUUUACGAAUGUAAAUAAAUAGAAACUUUGAAUGUAUUAUACUGUAUUUGGCUGGAGAUAUUUUACAUUGCUAAGGUUGUCAUUCUUAUGGUUUAGAUUUUACUUUAGAAAAAUUAAGAUUACAGAGAUUUUGGUGGAUUGUUCAGAAAUGCAUUUUUGACAGUGUGUUUUUAUAUAAAUAUAACACUAAGCAAGGUUACAUGCCAGUGACUCACAUGCGUCUCUAUGGCUCUGCACAAAUGUCACUAACACAGAGUACAACACGUGCAUAUUUACCUUAUGCUUUGCUAUACAGUAUAUGUAAUGUACAUAAAUUAUAUUUAUACAUUUUUAAGUUUUUGCUAAUGCAUUUGUAUAUUCUAACAAUUUGCAUAGGGUCAUUAAAGAUCUGAAUGUAAAAUAAAAAAUCUUGCCUGCCUAUUUUUAUGUAAAGUAUGUCAUUUGAAACCGUAUUAAAAAUUCAAGAUAAUUUCUGGGUCCU